AUGGGGGCAUCUCAAAGUAACACGAACUUCAUGAAAAUCUACAACAAUAAAGAAUUCUCAGAUGUUAUCGCCACCGUAGGCACACCAAGCAAAGGAAAGAAGUCGUACCAUCUUCACCAAGCCAUCAUCCGCACAUUCUCAGAGCCUUUGGACACCAAAUGCAGAGCCGCGCCUAUUGAGAUGGGCCGCAAAAGAAUCACUAUCGAUUCCUGGGAUCAUACCAUCAUGGACAUUGUCUUCCGUUGGAUGUAUGGCCAAAAUGAUUUGUCAGGACAACAGCUAGAUCUUUCAGGCGUUACGAUAUUGAUAAAAGUUGCCCAGGAGCUGGAAGUGGAGGGUCUGAGACAAGCAGCCUUGAAAAACGCCGUCAAUAUUGCAACUUCUUCCAUUCCCACAAUGCAUUGUACCGACGAACACUGGGCUACCUAUUGGAAUACAGCUGAAACAGUGUGUGGUUUGACGAAUAUGAAAAACUUUGAGGACAUCGAUAUAUUGUUUGAACUUAUGGAGAAACUACCUAUUGAUAAAAUCCAGUUGUAUGGGGCGAGAUUCAAGCGACUGGAGGAAUCUGAUAUAGAACGUUUGAUGUUCCUUGUCUCGGCAGCUUUCGGAAAAAUUGUUGAAAAAACUCUAUGCAUGAAUUGCCAAAAGCUAUCCGUAGGAGAAGUCACACGUUCUGACUCUAGCCGCUGCUCAUGCUGCUCAACACCCUUACCGGCAUCAAAAUGA